AUGUCUUCAGUCACCCGCCCACCCCUCCACCCCACCCUCUCCGCCGUCCACCAAACCAUUCCAACCAUGGACAUCAGCACCCCCGAAAAACGCCGCGUCUAUCGGGACUACCUGACCACGAACUUCACACUCGAAAACACCCUCAAAGGCCACGAAUCCACAAUCGCCUACCAAGAAGUCGACAUCCCGGGUCCCGCCGGCCCUCUGCGCGCCACCAUCUUCCGCCCAAAGCACACUAUCCUGGAUGUCUCCUCCACCCCGGGAAUUCUCCACCUGCAUGGCGGCGGCCAUUCCACCGGCAACCGCUUCAUGGGCUUCACCGUGCUGGACUGGGUCGAGGCCCUCGGCGCAGUGAUCAUGACAGCCGAGUAUCGUCUCGCACCGGAACAUCCUCAGCCCGCACAGCUGGAGGACAGCUACGCGGCUUUGAAAUGGAUGAGUGAGCAUGCAGACGGGCUAGGCUUCAAUGCCUCCAAGUUAGUGGUGUGUGGUGGCUCGGCGGGUGGUAACCUCGCAGCUGGUUUAAGCCUGCUAGCAAGGGAUCGGGCCGGGCCAGCGAUCAAGGGCCAGGUACUGAUGUACCCCUGGGUGGAUGAUAGCGUGGAGUGGAACUCGAUGGAGCAGUUUGGGGAUAUUGCGCCGUUGACGAAGGCAGAUGCGGCGCAGGCGAGUGAUUUUGCCUUUGGGGUGAAGAGGGAGUUUGCCGAUAUGUAUACGGUUCCGUUGAGGGCGGAGAGUUUUGUGGGCUUGCCGGAGACGUUUAUUGAUGUUGGGGAGGCGGAUGUGUUUCGCGAUCAGGAUCUUGCGUAUGCGACGAGGUUGUGGAGGGAUGGGGUUGCUACGGAGUUGCAUGUUUGGCCGGGGUGUUGGCAUGGGUUUGAUGCUUUUGUGCCAGAGGCGGAGAUUUGGUGUAUAUGUUUUUUGUUUUUGUAA